UCAUGAUCCUCAGAACAUGGAAAUAAAAAUAAUGGAUUCUAAAUUUUCCUUUUGGUCAAUUGUUUUCUUGUUAACAAUCUUGAUUCAAUAUGGUUCAGCAGCGAGGAAGUUGAAUGCAAGUCAAGCAUUCGACAACACAUGGAAUACCGCUUCGGAUUUGGAAAAUGAAUUAGAACAAAAGAGAGCGAAAGGCUCUACCGCUGCUGCAUUUGCCGGUGGCGGUGGCGGUCAGUGGUCCGGUUGGUCAGAGUGGUCUACGUGCUCGCGCACAUGUGAUGGUGGCAUCAUGCAGCAGAUACGCCGUUGCAAUAAUAUAAAUGGCUGUAAAGGUGAAAAUGUACGCUAUCGCAUAUGCAAUAUGCAACCAUGUCCAGACCAGCAAGACUUCCGGGCACACCAAUGUGCUGCCUACAACGAUGUGCCAUAUGAUGGCACAUUGUACAAAUGGACACCGCAUUAUGAUUAUAUAGAACCAUGUGCGCUGACAUGUAGAGGCCGACCAGCUCAUCUAACAGAUGACAUUUCCCCAGAAACUGAGGGUAGUGAAGAUGCUGAACACUACGAUGAACCCAAUGUAAUUGUGCAAUUAUCCACACGAGUGCAGGAUGGCACAAGAUGCAGAUCUGGCAGCCUUGACAUGUGCAUACAGGGAAAGUGUCAGCGUGUUGGCUGCGAUUUGAAAAUUAGCUCAACGAAAAAAAUUGAUGGUUGUGGAGUAUGCGGUGGAGAUGGCAGCUCCUGUUCUCAAACACUUUAUAAUUGGGAAUCGGCACCGAUGUCGUUGUGUUCUGUCUCCUGUGGUGGAGGUUAUAAGAUGUCUCGUCCUGUGUGCAGGAGUCGCGUUACUGGAACCGAUGUUGAAGAUUCCUUGUGUAAUCCACUUAGCCAGCCGGAGCCAUCUGUAGUAUUUUGCAACACACAUACAUGUCCGCCAAGGUGGAUUGCUGAUGAGUGGAGCGCGUGUAGUCGUCUUUGCGGCCCCGGCUAUCGUGAGCGCAUAGUCGUCUGUGCUGAAGAAAAUAAUGGCAUGAAAACAAGGGUUUCGGAUGUCAUGUGUAAAACAGCAAAGCCGCCAGCACAGGAACAAUGCAUAGUUCAGGAGUGUCCAAAAUGGGAAGCGGAAGAGUGGAGUGGGUGUUCUGUAUCCUGUGGUCAUGGCAUUCAAAUGAGAGGUGUUGAAUGUAAAUCAGUUGAUGGCAGCUUAAGUGCAAAAUGUGACCCCAACACAAAGCCGGCAGGCGUACAACAAUGCGCGACUGGGAUAUCCUGUGAAGGCGGCAGUGUUACGGGAGGUCAAAUUAUUAUAGGAAGUAGUAAUCCCAUUUCGACGAAUAAUGAACAGUUUGGCGAUAGUUCUGCCAUUGAUGACUCCGAUGAGGAAGACGAUAAUGAUGCUGAGGACGUGGAUAUGGACGAAAAUGAAUCUGGUGGUGCUGAGGAUACUGAAACGAUAUCGUAUAAUGAUCAACCACCACUAUAUGCACAACAUUCGGUUAAUCGUUUGUAUCAUGAUGAAAUGUCUGAACCUAAAACUCAACGCUUGACCAGUAAUGGACGCGGUUCAUAUAAAGAAAACUCAGAACCACUACAACCAUCUGCAGAUCCGACUUUUAUAAAGGAAACCGAAUGGUCACCAUGCAGUGUCACUUGUGGAGAAGGUAUACGACGACGUCCAUACAAAUGUAAGAUAUUUCUAGAAUAUUCAAGAACUAUUGCAACAGUAAAUGACACUUUAUGUGAUGGCCCAAAACCACAUGAUGAAGUUGAACGUUGUGUUGAAGACCCUUGCAUGCUUCCCUCACAUAGUUUCGAUGAUCAGUAUCCACGUGAUUCAAUUAAAGUUGGCGUUUCGGAACCUGGCAAAACAUAUGUUUGGCGAGAACAAGGCUACACUUCAUGUAGCGCCAGUUGCUUAGGUGGUGUUGAAGAAUUAAUAAUAAAUUGCGUACGUGAAGAUAAUGGACGUGUGGUAUCACCAUUUUUAUGUUCACCUGAAGCGAAGCCAGAAUCACGUGUACGUACAUGUAAUGAUCGUCCGUGCCCACCACGUUGGAACUACUCUGAUUAUACACCAUGUUCAAAAUCAUGUGGAUUUGGCAUAAAGACACGUGAAGUACAGUGCAUACAUGAAGUGACACGUGGUGGUGAAAAUACAAUGGUUGUGCCUAAUAGCAUGUGCCCUCAACCACCACCUGCCGAUAGACAGUAUUGCAAUGUACUCGAUUGUCCUGUACGUUGGGAAGUAGGUGAGUGGUCGAAAUGUUCGCAUACCUGUGGCUUUGGUAUCAAAGAAAGAAAAGUUGAAUGUAAACAAAUAAUGGCACAAGAGCAUAAAAUUGAGCGCCCUGAAACAAUGUGUCCUAGUGCGAAGCCUCCAGAUAAGAAGCCCUGCAACGUGAAAUCAUGCCCACCAGAAGAUCCAAAACCUGUUAUAUCUAUCAGUAAUACAACUCAUAUACAACAUGAUCCAAAAAAGUCUAAAAUUACUUUGAAAGUGGGUGGUGCCGGAGUUGUUUUCUUUGGCACACAAGUCAAAAUCAAAUGCCCAGUAAAACGAUAUAAUCGUACCAAAAUUAAAUGGAAUAAGGAUCACAAACCACUGGCACGCUCUAGAAAAUUUAAAAUAUCUAAGAAAGGUGCACUGCGUAUACUAGACAUCACUUUUCGUGAUGCUGGUAUUUAUUCAUGCCAUGCCGGACUAAGUUCAGCAGAGAUACAUAUUGAGGUGAAAGCUAAGCCUGGACAGCAGGUGACGGAUCUGGAGCGACAGGAAUCUGAUCGACUUGUACGUGAACGUAGUGGUACUGAGCCUCUCACAUCAGCCGAUAUGACAGCUAUCGAAGGAAAUAAUAGUUCCCAAACCUCACGUAGAAAGCAACACAACAAUGGACGUGAACGCAAUAGGCGACCUAAAUCUGGUGAAGUCCAACAUGCGGACAGCAGCAUCAUGGAAGACGAGCAAUCGCAAUUAGUGCAGCAGGCCCAAGAUAGUAUGCUGCAGUUUCCGAACGCCAGCAGCGGUGGGAGUCGUCGCACAAACGCUCUACUGGCAAUGCCAUACUUCCAAGCGCUUCUAAGUAACUUGCAGUACUUAUGGCAGAAAUUUAGCAGCAACAACAACUUGCGAGGACAGCAUUUACUGCAUGACAAAGGCUUACAAUUUGGCAUCGAUUUUGAGGGUUUCGAGCAGGAUGAGCCGGCAAAGCCUCAAAUUAUCACUAAAACCAUAACGACAUUACCCAGUAACGAGCAUGACGAUGCUGCAGCAUCGGAUAUAAUAGCGAAAUCUCAGCACACUCACACUCUCACACAGUCACAGAACUUACCGCAAUCGCCGCAUGCACGUUGGCAAGGACAUUGGAGCGACAGCCAUGUUGCCGAUAGCACUGCUACGAAGAUGGAACAAAUUAUCACAUAUAAAUGGGUACCAAGUGAUUGGACUGAAUGUACACAGAAGUGCGGCACAACGGGCACAGGACUCAAACAUCGGUCCAUAACAUGUGUACGUUUGUUGGAACCUGCCCACACCAAUGAUGCCAUAAAUAUCGACGAGCAGACAAAGUAUGAAAUUGUUGACAACACAAACUGCGAGAGCUACGGUUUAAGUACACCGGACACAAUUGAAACGUGCGGUAAUCAAGAGUGUCCCCAAUGGAUUGCCGGCGAAUGGACAAGCUGCUCUCAAUCACGCUGCCUGGGCCGCAACAUAGCUGUACAGAAACGUGAAGUUAAUUGUGAGUAUGCAAACUACACCGAAGCGGAUGGCUGCGAUGAAUACAAUAAACCAAUAAUAAGACAGGAAUGCUUUAGUGAACGCUGCAAAGGUGUUUGGCGUGUUGAACCAUGGUCAGAGUGCAAUGCGCCCUGCAACCGACAAGGAAUCAAGUAUCGCAUACUGCAGUGUGUUUGGUAUGGCACGCGGCGCCCUGCAGGCAAUGCCUGCAAGCAUCAACCACGACCGGCCGUGAUGAAAGUCUGCAAGAGUCCGUCAUGUAUUGCCAAAUCUUCAACGUCAAUUUGCAUAGAUACUUCAAGAUACUGCCGUAACGUACGUUCAAUGGGUUUGUGCAGACUGCAUCGUUACCAAGAGAAAUGCUGCAAAUCAUGCAAAAUUCAUUUAUUCAAAUAAAUGAGCAAAUACCAUAAGCAAAUACCAAUUUACCAAAAAAAAAAAAAUAUAUAUAUAUAAAUGAAAAUAAAAUUA